AAGAGAUAUUCAGAUAACUAAUAAGUACAUGAAAAGAUGAUCAAUAUAAUUAGCCAAUAAGGAAAUGCACAUUAAAGUUACGAGAUACCACUUCGCACCCACUAGGAUGGCUAUUAUCAAAAAGGCUGAAAACAAGUGUUGGCGUGAUGUGGAGAAACAGGAGCCCUUGUGCCUUGCUGGUAGGAAGGUAACAUGGUACAGCCACUGAGGAAAACAGUUUUUGGUUCCUCAGGAAGUUAAACAUGAAAUCACCAUAUGACCUGGCAAUCCCACCCCUAGCUAUUUGCCUCAAACCAUGGACAGUAGGGCUUGGGACAGCUGUCUGUGCACCAGUAUCCAUCACAGUACAAUGCACAAGAGUCAAAGAAACAGGGUCCGUGCACGCAGUGGGAUGUUAGUCGUAAAAAAGAAAUGAGGAGCUGGAACAGGCUGCCACUGUGGGUGAACCUUGAAGACGUCAUGUCGAGCAAAAUAAGCCAGACAUGAAACGGGAGCACAGGGCCAAGGGGUGCCACCCACUGCCAUGGGGCUGUCCUGGCGGGCAGGCGCCCUCUCGGCCCUGCUGGGGGCUGCGGUGGCCUUGGGCCUCGUGGCGCUGAUCCUGGCGCUGGUGCAGGCCACCGACGUCCUCCUGCCCGCAGACACCAAGUUCGGGAUUGUGUUUGACGCCGGCUCCUCCUACACGUCCGUCUUUGUGUACCGGUGGCCGGCAGACAAGGAGAACGACACGGGCGUGGUCAGCCAGGCCCUGGCCUGCCAGGCGGAAGGGCCGGGUAUCUCCUCCUAUGCCUCGGACCCCGCACGGGCAGGCGAGAGCCUGCAGGGCUGCCUGGAGGAGGCGCUGGCGCUGAUCCCCAAGGCGCGGCAUCAGGCGACGCCGCUGUUCCUGGGAGCCACGGCCGGCAUGCGGCUGCUCAGGGAGCAGAACAGCUCCCAGGCGCAGCGCGUCUUCGCAGCAGUGGCCGCCGCCCUGGGCCAGGCUCCCGUGGAUUUUCGGGGCGCCGAGCUCCUGGCGGGGCUGGACGAGGGUGCCUUCGGCUGGAUCACGAUCAACUACCUCGUGGGGAUGCUGGUCACGUACACCUUCUCCGGAGAGUGGAUCAGACCUCCGGACGGGUCGCUGGUGGGGGCCCUGGACAUGGGGGGGGCCUCCACCCAGAUCUCCUUCGUGCCUGGAGGCCCCAUCUUGGACAGGAGCACGGAGACCACCUUCCGCCUGUACGGCUACGAGUACAGCGUCUACACCCACAGCUACCUGUGCUUCGGUCGCGACCAGAUGCUGAAUCGGCUCCUGGCUGCGCUGGUGCCGGUCAGGUUUCCCCAACGCUAGGGGAGG